AAGAAUAUUCUUCCUAUUUGUUUCCAGUGCUGGAAUGAUGGGCGAAGGGCUGCUGACGCUGACGUACGGCAAGCACCACGCCUGCAUCCUGAACGAGGUGGGCGCGGCGUGGCGCGGCGCGCGCUACUCCGACCUGGUGCUGGUCUGCGACGACGCCGUGCCGCUCGCCGCGCACAGGAUCGUCAUGGCGGCCGCCAGCCCGCUCAUCAGAAAAAUACUCGAUGACACUCCGUCAGUCGAGAAUCCAGUCACGAUUCACAUGUCCGGCAUUAACAGCACUCUCAUGAGGCAUCUACUCGUGUUUCUGUACAGCGGCCAAGCCUACAUAGAGUCCGGCGAAAUAGAUGAUAUGCAAGAACUAUUUGAACUUCUAGAGAUAAAAUCAGAUGUAUGGAAGUCUACAAAAGAACGGCAACAAGCUGAGGAACGGAACAGAUCUUGCGAAAGGAAAGCAAAAAAUCUUAAAACAGACAUCAAUAGCAACGAAAGCAGUAAACACGAUGCACCUUCAGGAUCUUCACAUUCGGAGAGCGAGCGAGUGACACCAGGCGCGGGAUACAGCAAGGACAAGGACCGAGGAGAAUCUGAAUCGCUCAGCGUAAAGAAGGAAAACAUGUCUACAAGUAGUAAUGAUGAAAGGGAAGAAGAGGACGCAGACAACAGAGAUAAAGAAUGCGGUAGAUUGACAGCUCGACGGCGGAGCUCGUCCAACCCGGUGAAUCUGUCGUUGGCCAGGAACUCAGAGAACACCGGCAGCGAACACGACGACUCGCAAGACGUGGACGUGGAAACAGUUACCGCAAAGUAUUAUGAAUUACUUUUUCAGAACAUAUCGAGCAGAAGAUCAACGUCGUCAAGCCAAGAUGACCAGCCACAGGGGACAGUUUACAGAAGACAAUUGCUAAGUGAUCGGUUAGGACGGGGUAUUGAAAGAGCAAAACGAAAAUCACAUUAUCUAGAACCACCAGAACUCGAUUUACGGACUGUAAAGUUAGAAGAUUAUGCCCAUCUCAAACCGCCCGACCAAGAUCUAAUGUCACUGGUACAAACAUCGCCAGAAAAUUACGUCGUCACGCCGCAUAGGAAAAGGAGACCCGGAUUUCAUAAUUCACCUUCACAAAACCCCCCAUUUGUAUCAUUCCCCCCGAGUUAUUUAGAAGAAAUGGCGCACCUGCGGUAUCCCCAGGGUCCGGCAACUGCGGCUGCCGUCGCAGCGAGUCGACUUGGCGCACUGCAUACUCUCAGUGCGUCGGCACCGCCCUACCUCCCUGAACGAAGCGUGACUCCCCCGACGACCGCCCAUGAAGACGCUCUCAAGUACCGACCGCCGAGCGCAGGAUCAUGGGGACCUUGGCUGUGCCAACCGCAAAUGGGAGGCGAUGAUACACCCUCAACGGAACACGACCAAGGAUCGAGCAAGCAAGCUCCCGUGCGUGAGUACCGCUGCGAAUACUGCGGGAAACAGUUCGGCAUGUCAUGGAAUCUCAAGACACAUCUCCGGGUCCACACUGGCGAAAAGCCUUUCGCGUGUCGACUCUGCGUCGCCAUGUUCAAGCAGAAAGCUCACCUGUUGAAGCAUUUGUGCUCAGUGCAUCGUAAUGUAAUAUCAUCGAGCGAGAACGACGGGCGCACCAACACGCCCGGCCGGUUCAAUUGCUGCUUCUGCCAACUGACGUUUGAGGCGUUGCCGGAGUUGAUCCGGCACCUGUCGGGGCCGCACAACAGUCUGCUCCUCAGUAAAAACCUGCACGAAUGACGCCAGGCCACGUGACGCGGCCGCGCGCGUUCCCAUGGACUUUGAAAUAAUUUUCCUCUCGCUCCGAGAGUGCUAUUGUGAUAUGUGUUUAAGAAGCAUAUGUUAAGCGCUUAGUUGUAGAUGGUGCGGUGUCGCCGAGCGUCGCCGGGAGUGCGCAUUCGCGGCGGACCGUCGCGGAUGUGACGUUUAUGACUAAUUUAAAAUCACACGUUUGCCGAAAGGGUCCAAAUUGUUAUAAUUUGUUUAAAAAUUAUAAUCCGGGACCAAUCUUCCAACAUAGUAUUUAUUUGAAAGAUGUAUUUCAUUAGGGUAAAUAUUAUUGUAAAAGCCACCGACACAUUAAUUCCUUAAGAAUAGAAAAUAGAUUAUAUUGUCAGCGGAAAGUUGCGAAGUGUGUGAGCACCCGACGUAGAAACGUCACAUCAACUACCUCCUAAUUUAAAUCAGUAUCUUGAUGAAGCUAAGUGGCGUUUGUUCGGGUCACGGCCAUCAGGCCCUGUACGUUCGCGCAGCAACACGCGGCCUAUCGGUCUAGUCAGAGUUGGAACUAGGAUUAAUAUGGAACGUUUAUUAAAACUAUUGCCCAUUAACACGCCAAAAAAUAGUUUACAAAAUAUUUGGUGCUUCAAAUUAUUGUACUCUACUACUGCUUUCUCGCGUAUACUAAAGUUUUCAUAUUCCGGUUCGUUCCAAUUUGUGGUCUGACUUCAUAUUUCGCAGCUUUUUAACGACAUUCUACAAUCUCAAUAUUAGGUUUUAUCAAUUUAUGUAACUUCUAAAGUAGAAAAACAAAUGUGUUCGUAUUAAUAUUAUGUAAUAACCGUGUACCGUGCAGGUACCGUGCGCCUCUCCUACCGGGAUACCACACGCGAGUGCCACGCGAGUGCCGAUCAGUAUGCAAUGUCGAUGAGCACCAAAGAUUUGUAAAGCGUCGAAGAUGUUUGGUGUAUACAAUUAAGAGAAAUUAAAGGGACCUGAAAUGAUUUUUGAUUUGUUAAACUUAACGUAUGUAGGUACCAAUUUAAUCUCGCCUCUUACUUAGUUACUAACUUCGAAUUUCUCCGUAAAUGUAUUCGGUUAUUCCGCUAGGGACUCUUGUAUGAAGCUUGAAUAUCUUCUUAUUUUUUGGAUUAAUUUACUACUUUAGAGUAUUAAGAGCUUCUCAGGCGUUACUUUCAAACGUAUAUUUUUACCAAUUAUUAUUUUAGCUUUAUUUCAAAUCUUUGAAAUGUUUCAAAGUCGCUUUUUAUCGAACACAUGUUUGUGGCCAGUUAUAUUAAAUCUAUUGUACAAUGUACUGCGAGUGCUGGAUGUCUAUUAUAAUUUCCUUAGGCUUCUAUUUAAACAAACACGGUUGAUAGAUAGUGCCGUCAGUUCCAUUCCAAAAGGUUUUGUACAUAGUGUAUGGAGGAAGCGUCCGAUACUAUUUGAACAAACAUUUCCAUAAUACUCAUUGGGUGGCACGGGGCGCGCCGAGCGCUUCACGUUUUCGCUUUUCCACAUGCAAUCAGUAUGUUUGGCGUGUAUCGUGGAUACCUUUUCAAUGCGAUUCCACGCGUUUGUGAACUACAAAAUAAACUAAAGUUACCAACGAGUUGUUCAAAACGUAGUCUUAAACGAAGAAAUUGUCAAUUUGCUUUAAUUAUUCUGUUUCGAUCGUUACCUACGUUAUACCUGAUUUUGUUUGUAUUUCUCGUGUUUUGUUUGUCGUCGCGUAUUGACGUAAUAUAAUUGGGGAACAAGUAAUUUUAAGGAUUGUGAUUUCGGGGUAUCGUUAGAUUUCUAUGUGAUAAUUAUCUGUUUUAAUGUAAAAGGAAAUAUUUUGAGAACGCCGUCUUCCAUUGCGUUUUCCAAUGUUUUCGGUUUUUUAUUCGUGUAUAUAAUUAGAGUUAAGCCAACGAUGCAUGACAAUACAAUCGUCCACACAGUACGUAGCCUGCCUGACUUACGCGUUACGUUUAUAGAACAAACUGUUAGAAUUGUUUCAAUUGUAGUUAUAAGGUCGUUGUGAUAUAUCGGCGUUGGUCGGGACUGCCUUCAAAUGUAACAAAUUAUCAAUGCAAAGUAUGUUUAAUGUUACGGUUCCUUGGACAUCUUUGGAUUGUAUUUGGAUCAAUGUUUGUACAAUAGGCGGAAACAUAAACAACAGCUAUAUUGUACAAUUGAUUACAAUGUUUUUAUCUUCAAUUAUAAACGUAAAAACGAGUUUUAAACUUGUAUGUGUAUACCACGGUACAAAUAUUAAUUUUGUAUUUUUUUUUUCUAAACUUAUCUAAUGAGUUGAUACUGUUCAAGGCAUACAUUUUUGUUCAUCGACUUUCGAUCCUAACUUUCGACACUUCGUGGUAACCCCGUAGCACUAGCGUCCGCGUAGGACACUGACGAUGCGGCGUCACUCGCGUGUUUCUGCGCAUGACUGCAUAGCCAGAAGUAUGCCAUAAUAGCAAUACAGAAAAAUAAGCGAUGUCCAAGGAACAACAAAUCCAUUACGUAAUUAUUCAUUACAUGACGUAAAAAAAAUGUAAAUAAUUAGUAAGUAAGAUAACGAUGGUAAUACAGCUAACUUAAUUCUGUUGAAAACAUUGUCUCUGUUUUAUUGUAAUAAAAAAAAGUAUUUUAAGUUUUCACAUAGUGUACAAUUUUGUAGAUAUUGUUUAGAAACAUUAACAUUCUGUAAAAAUGUGUUCUUAUUCGUAGUAAAUUAAAUAACGAAAAUAUUUUAGUUACACACACA